AAAAAAUACAUUUCUUUUCUUUGAUUUUUCUAUUUGAUAAAGAUUUAUUUUUUAUUUUUCUUUCUUUUGGAUUUUACACUACCAAAGUGAGAAAGUGGUGCGGCUGAUCGGGUGAAGAAAAAAUAAAGAGCUUUAUGCGCUUGUUUGGCAUUCAACAGCUAUCACGAAGCGUCUUGGCAGAUCAACGAAAACAACGAAACGUACAAAAAGCAGCACUCCAGACCAUGGACUACGAUUCGUGGACCAAAGAAGCACUCGUUGAGCGCGUGCGCCAACUCGAACACCAAAAAGCAAUCAAACCACGGUGGGGCAACGGCAAGAAGAACACCAGCAGUGGCAACACAUCUGGAUCCGACAUGUUCUCCCUGGAGCCCAAGCGCAAGAAGCAGCGUAAGCCGGAUUUUGACUUUAGUCGGUUUCCACAGCGUAAAGUGGCGCUCAAGUUCAGCUACUUUGGGUGGCCGUACCACGGGCUGGCACGACAGGGCAAUGCGCUGAGCGACGAGGAAAAGAAGCGCGUGGAGGAGCAGUACCCGACGAUCGAGGGCGAGCUGUUCAAGGCGCUGGCGCAAUGCAAGUUGAUUGUCAACGAGGCGCAGUGCGGGUACUCGCGGUGCGGGCGGACAGACCGCGGAGUCAGUGGGUUCGGCCAGGUGGUCGCCCUGUAUGUGCGCUCCAACGGGCGGUUCCUCGCAGACGGCGAGGUGGUUGAGGGCGCAAUGGAGGAUGAGCAUAAUGGACGGCGAUACGUUGUACCUGAGAACGAGCGCGAGCUGCCGUACGUCAGCAUGCUGAACAAGAGCUUGCCGCAGGAGAUCCGCGUACUGGCGUGGGCGCCAGUGGCGGAGAGCUUUGACGCGCGGUUUUCAUGCCGCGCGCGGUUCUACCGGUACUUCUUCAGCGAGGCCGGGCUGGAUGUCGCGCUUAUGCGGGCGGCUGCGCAGCGGUACCUUGGAACGCACGACUUCCGCAACUUUUGCCGGCUGGACCCUGCCAAGCAGAUUGGGAACUUUGAGCGCACGGUGCUGGCCAUCGAUAUUACGCCGGUGCCCCAGGCGGUUCCGUUCAUCGGCGAUGCGCAGGCCAGCGAGGGCCGGUGGUGGCAGCUGGAGCUGCACGGGUCGGCGUUCCUCUGGCACCAGGUGCGCUGCAUGAUGGCGAUUCUCUUCCACAUCGGCCAGGGCUUCGAGUCGCCCGAGAUUAUCGACCAGAUGAUGGACGUUCAGACGAUGAGCGGCAAGCCCGAGUACGAGAUGGCCGCGGACACGCCAUUGGUUCUGGCCGAUUGCCGCUUUGACGCGGACGCCGUGCAGUGGAUCUACGUGCGGUGCGCGCGCGACUACGGCAACAUGACGGUGCUGGAUCGCACGGUGCUGCGGCAGUGGGAGCAGAUGACCACGCAGUCUGUCAUUAGUGGCGCCCUGUUGCAGAUCCUCAGGACCACGCAGGUGCCGGUGGUCAGCGGGACGCAGGUGGUGCAGGCGGCGGUGCCGUGGGACCAGCAGAGGGCCACGAUCCGCAAGCGGUUCGAGGAUGAGGGAGCGGGCCAGGCGCUGCUGGGCGGCGGCACCGUUAAGCAUAUGCGCAAGUACGUGCCGAUUGCUACGAGGAACCGCGCCGAGCCCGUGGAGGACCGCAACCGCGCGUGGCUGGCGCGCAAAAUGGCCCAUCGCGCGGCGCGGGAGAGCGCAAAUGCGGGCGGAAACGCGGGUGAGGAGCAGCGGGAGGACGCUUCAGCGGGCGAUGCUUCAAGGAGCGGCGCUGAGGCGUGAACAGCCUUGUGUGGCGCUCUUUUUUCUUACUAUUUGUCUCACAUGAACAAAACGCAUACAGGCAAGGCAAGGCGAUGCGGAUCCGCAGAAAUUUUUGCCACGCCUUCUUCUCUGGUCCCCGGCUGCGCUAAUUUUAAUGCCCGUCGAUUCUUCUUUCUUUGUCUUUCGUAUAUAACCCACUCUGUUGGCAAAUAUUUCUUUCUCUCCUUGUCUCUUUCUCGCAUUUUCAAAUACAUAUACACCCCCAGCCCAUUAUUGCCCAUUGCCCAUUGCCCAUUACCUAUUGCCUAUUGCCUAUUGCCU